GAAGAUUAUGUUGAAGCUGCAGUGAAGCAAGCUAUGACCAUCCACAUUACCAGUGCACCAGGCGAUAUUCUGAUAUUUAUGACUGGCCAAGACAAAAUUGAAGCGGCCUGUUAUGCCCUUGCUGAGCGCAUGGGACAACUCAUCUCUUCGUCAAAUAAAGCAAUACCUAAGCCCUUGAUACUGCCUAUAUACUCCCAACUACCAGCUGAUUUGCAAGCAAAAAUAUUCCAAAAGGCGAAAGAUGGGGCCCGAAAAUGCAUUGUUGCCACCAACAUUGCUGAAACAUCAUUGACAGUUGAUGGAAUUUUUUAUGUCAUUGACACAAGGUAUGGUAAAAUGAAAGUUUACAAUCCUAGGAUGGGUAUGGAUGCUCUCCAAGUUUUUCCUGUUAGCCGCGCUGCUGCUGAUCAGCAUGCUGGACGUGCGGGUAGAAAUGGCCCUGGUACAUGUUAUAGGCUUUAUACAGAAAGUGCUUACGUAAAUGAAAUGCUGCCAAGUCCAGUGCCAGAGAUCCAGAGGACCAACCUUGGUAAUGUGGUUUUGUUGCUGAAGUCUCUCAAAAUUGAUAACUUGCUAGAUUUUGAUUUCAUGGACCCACCUCCAUAGGAUAACAUCCUCAAUUCAAUGUAUCAGUUAUAGGUCCUGGGUGCACUUAACAAUGUUGGAGGUCUAACUGAUCUUGGCUGGAAAAUGGUGGAUUUCCCAUUAGACCCUCCACUUGCUAAGAUGCUGUUGAUUGGAGAACAGCUGGGAUGUAUAAAUGAGGUUUUGACGAUUGUGUCGAUGCUUUCAGUGCCAUCAGUGUUUUUUCGCCCCAAAGAUAGAGCAGAGGAAAGUGAUGCUGCAAGGGAGAAAUUUUUUGUUCCUGAAUCUGACCACUUAACUUUGCUUAAUGUUUACUUGCAAUGGAAAGAGCACCAGUAUCGGGGAGAUUGGUGUAAUGAUCAUUUUCUGCAUGUCAAAGGAUUACGGAAGGCUAGAGAAGUCAGAUCCCAGCUGCUGGAUAUUCUCAAAACUUUGAAAAUCCCAUUAACUUCUUGUGGGCAUGAUUGGGAUGUUAUAAGGAAAGCAAUUUGUUCUGCUUAUUUCCACAAUGCAGCAAGGUUAAAGGGCGUCGGGGAAUAUGUCAACUGCAGGAACGGAAUGCCAUGCCAUCUUCACCCGAGUAGUGCGUUGUAUGGCUUAGGUUACACUCCUGAGUAUGUGGUCUAUCAUGAAUUGAUUUUGACAACGAAGGAGUACAUGCAGUGUGCCACUGCGGUGGAGCCUCAGUGGCUGGCUGAGCUGGGGCCAAUGUUCUUCUCUGUGAAGGAAUCAGACACAUCCAUGUUGGAGCAUAAGAAAAGGCAGAAAGAAGAAAAAACUGCAAUGGAAGAGGAAAUGGAAAAUUUGAGGAAGGAGCAAGCAGAGGUAGAGAGGGAAAGCAAGGAAAAAGAGAGGCAAAAGAGGGCAAAGCAACAGCAGCAAGUCUCAAUGCCAGGGCUGCCACAAUGCACUUCCACUUACCUGAGACCCAAAAAGCUCGGUUUGUGA